AUGACAGAAGUACUCAGACAUAUUGCUAUCCAGGCUUUGCAUGGAAGCAUAUCUCGACCCUCGGCCAGGUUUGUCGCUGAAUUGGUGGGAGGUUUUACCACAGCAUCGACCUGUGCUGAUUGGUUCAAGAUCCUGGAAACGAUAUGCUGUAAACUUCCCGAACUCUACAUCAUUGUUGACCUUGGUUUUCACGCUACCGAGGAGCAUGAGUUGCAAAACUGGCUCCCUGCUUUCCAGGACCUAUUGGGAAAAGUUGAGACUGUUUCUCCACACACUAUCAUACGGGUGAUGAUAGUCUCUUGUCGUGCUUUGAAAGUACCGCAAACUUCGAAAUACGUAUCCAUCAUAAGAGUCACAACUUUAAACAUGCACCCAGAUCUUAUGCGCACGAGAAACUCUAAUCAAUCAGAUAUCCCACCAAAUAUAUGGACGGAGCCGACGGCUUCAGCAUCUUUCGUGGAGGAGAAAGCCUCCUCUCUUGGGACAAGUCCUACAUACCAGGAAGAGGCUAUGAAUCUCAUUAAGGCCUUCGACUUAGCAUUUAAUCUCAAAAGUCGAGGCCAAGCCGCGACUCAAGGACGGCAGCCAAGACAUGAGACUGAGGGGCAUUUUGAACCUGGGGCGUCUGAUCAUGAUCUUCACCCAGCUUUCGCUCAAAAAUGUCAACGAAAGGAUGAUGCAAAUAGUGGCUCCAAGUCGGAUUUUGGGUUCACAAUUUCGAUACAGGAGCAAAACCCCGGUAAAGUCACUCAAAGGGCACAAAAUGAAACAAGUAACACUUGUAGGACCAAAAACUUCGCCCCUGCCGAUGUUAAUGGCUUCAAAGUAGCCAUAUACUGCGCGCUUCCUCUGGAAGCGGACGCGAUGAUAUCUCUCUUCGAUACGAUCUGGGAUAAGGAAAGAUAUCCGAGAACCCAUGUGGAUAAGAAUUCAUAUACAUUUGGAGCUGUUGGUGGUCAAAAUGUUGUCCUGGUACAUCUGGCGAGCAUGGGGAAGAACUCGGCCGCGAUUGCAGCCUCCGGCUGCUGCUCUAGUUUUCCUUGCAUCGAACUAUCUCUUGUCGUAGGUAUCUGCGGCGGUGUGCCGUUUGGGGCUGGAGGUAGUAUAGAGCGUGUCCUAGGCGAUGUCGUCAUAAGCGAAGGCUUGGUCCAGCUCGAUCUGGGCCGACGAUAUCCUGAUCGCUUUGCUAGGAAACGAACUCUUCAAGAGAACUUAUCACGGCCUUGUGUCCAACUGAGAGGCUUUCUCGCGAUGCUGAAAAGCUCUCGGAAACUCUGUUCAUUAACAGAGAAGACAAACCGGCACCUUGGGGAUCUUCGUUCACGAACAGAUGCCUUGCGUGACUUUAUUUAUGAGUAUCCUGGGGUUAGAAGAGACGUGUUGUUUCCGGCUUCAUAUUUGCACAAGCAUAAGACUUCGGCUCUAUGCCCCUCGUGGGAACGCACCUGUGGGAUAGAGGACGGGAUCUGCAGGGAAGCGGAAACUUUGACCUGCGAAGACCUGGGUUGCGAAAGUCAGUGGUUUAUUCCUCGAAAGCGAUUGGCCCUGCACAACUCAGAAGAAUCACAGACCUCUCAGGGAGAAAUUGGGUUGAAUUUUGGCACCAUAAUUCAUUUUGGAAAUGUUGGGUCGGGAGACACGGUCAUGAAAUCUGGCGAAGAGCGUGAACGCAUCGCCCGAGAUGAAGAGAUCAUAGCCUUUGAAAUGGAGGGAAUAGGGCCAUGGGAAUAUGGGCCUUGCCUCAUUAUCAAAGGUAUCUGUGACUAUGCCGACAGUCACAAAUCUAAAAUUUGGCAAAAUUAUGCCGCAGCAACCGCGGCAGCUUGUACAAAAGCCCUUUUGGAACAGUGGGAUGCGCCUAGCUCUCUUUAA